AUGGCGUUUGACAGGCGCGCGUCAACAAGUGGGUUGCCAGAUAUGAAUUCGACAGCCCGCGAAAUGUCAUUCAGUUCAACUGUUGUCUGCUUCGUGUUUUUCCUGCAAUUUUCUUUAAGUUUCCACAUGACGUGCCCAGAAGCCACGCCGGAGGACAACUCUUGGCGCACUCCAUCCUUCCGUCAGGCGGUAACGGCGAAAAUCAAUGAGGUCAUUCAGACAUCCGGGAUAAGAACGUCCAGCAGCAGCAUCGAGAUGGAGAACCGUGUGUAUGCGAAGGCGCGAAAUAAACAUGAAUAUCUGGGCCUGGCAGCGAGGCUCAUUCUUCACAUCCGUGAAAUGAACAAGUGACGAACGCCUGGAAAUGAUCUGUGAAAAGUCCUGUUGAAUUAUCAUAAAAUGCUCUUUUAU